AGGUGGAGAGGGCCCAAUGGGGAGUGCAGCGGGGGGAGGUGACCAAUGACUGCUGAGCAUCUUUCAGAACCAAUGCCCCUUUUCAUCUCAACCCUUUGCUCUUCAGCUUCUGCAGCUCCAGAGACCUUUCUAACUCCUCCCUCAACCACAGCCCGAUGAAAUCUGGCAGAGGGUAGACAGGGGUGAAUGGAGAGGGAACUCAAGGGGAAUCCACAUUUCUGUACAUCAAGUCAGAGGGCUGCACAGACGGAGCCUGCAAGACAACCUCCCUGCAAUACCACCACCUGACAGAGACCCUGGCAGUCAUGGACAGCCUGCUGAUGAAAAGGAAACUCUUCCUUUACAAUUUCAAGAACCUGCGCUGGGCCAAGGGACGACGUGAAACCUAUCUCUGCUAUGUUGUGAAGCGCCGUGAUAGUGCUACAUCAUGUUCCCUGGACUUUGGAUAUCUACGCAAUAAGAUGGGCUGUCAUGUGGAAGUGCUCUUCCUGCGCUACAUCUCAGCCUGGGACCUUGACCCAGGCCGCUGCUACCGCAUCACCUGGUUCACCUCCUGGAGCCCCUGUUAUGACUGCGCCCGACACGUGGCCGACUUCCUGCGAGCCUACCCCAACCUGACCCUCCGCAUCUUUACGGCACGCCUCUACUUCUGUGAGGACCGCAAGGCAGAGCCUGAGGGCCUGAGGCGUCUGCACAGGGCAGGGGCCCAAAUUGCCAUCAUGACAUUCAAAGGUGAGAUGUGCAGAUUACUUCUACUGCUGGAACACAUUUGUGGAAAACAGGGAAAAGACAUUCGAAGCCUGGGAAGGGCUGCAUGAAAACUCUGUACACCUGUCCAGGAAACUUCGACGGAUCCUCCUGCCGCUGUACGAAGUAGAUGAUUUACGAGAUGCCUUUAAAACUCUGGGACUUUGAAGUGAAAGUCAUCAGCAACCAGAAGACUUCACAAAUAUUUUUUCUUUGGUUACCAACUCUCUCCCUUACAAAAGAUCUUUAUCUUCUUCCCUCUUUACCUCUCCCUUCCAGCCCUGUGUCUACAGAUUAGGCUAUCCUUAUUUUUUCUUUUCCAAGAAGAAUUAGACUGAACUUCUGAAGACACAUUCCCCAGGCUCACACUUCAUCCAUUGCUAGCUGUGAAUAGUCAGAACUGCAAUGACAUUGCCAGAGAGUGAUUUGCCCUCCCUCAGUCCCUGCAGAGCUCAUUCAAGUGGUCGACUAAAUGGAGUUCUGGAUUUAGCCUAACCCAGGUGGGAGCAGACAGCCUGCAAGGUGUUUGUGCAAUUGUGUUUGUUCUCACUGGCACCACACUGAUCUGCAUAUUUCAUGAGGCCUUUGGGGAGCACGUCUCUUGUUUCUUAGAGCUGCACUACACUGAGCUGCUCUGCGUUCUACCCUGUGGGACAGUUUAUUUGUCCUUCUGGAUGUGGGUAGGAAGUAGAAAUCCAUCACCAUUUAAGUGGUGUCGCCCAUGUCCUAACAGUGAAACUGGGCAGUUACUAGAAAGCUCAGCAGAGUAUUGAAGUGAGUCCUGGACAGCCCAGGUAGCUUAACUUAAAAACCUCACUUGAAACCAGCAGGUCUUCUAAGUGGAUUGUGUGUAGGCCCAGGCCCUGUAGUGCCUCCUGUCCAGAGAGGGAGCUUCAGUAGAUCUGGGUCCAGGCUUCGUGCCCUAGGAGAGGUUGAAUCUAGACAAUAAAAACCUAAAAUGAAAGCAGAAGACUUGCUGGCCAUUUUCAAGUGUGAGCUGCAAUUAUGGGUGUGCAGCAAGACACGUCCCCUGCAGAAAUAGGAAGUCCACUCAACUCCUAUUAACUAUGAUGAGAUACAUGGCAGCUCAGGGUCAGUACUGAUCAGUGUGUGGACCUCCCACACAGCCAGAAAAGGAGCCAACCAAGACACUUCACCUUUGCAAUGUUUUUUUUUCCAGCAUGUGUCUAUUGAAAAACACAAUUCAUUUCCACUUUGUAUUGUCCCUCAGACUUAAUGUGUAGGUUGAGGUUGUGGCAUUUUGGAUGGUAUACUAGGAUUCCACAUCAGUCACUAUCUGUUUCUUCACAUAUGUCAGGGAGGAGCUCUCACUACUCUUCAUCCACUGAACGUGUCCUCUUAGAUCAGAUGUGCAAUACGCUCUCUCCCUAGCUCCUUCUGAUGGAGACACCUUAACAGUCCCACAAUCUUUGAUUUUCUCAGGCCUUUUACUGCCCACAAUAUGGCCAGAUAUGGCUAGUUGGUGACUGGUCUGGGAGUUGACCAGAAAAAACUUCCAGCAUGUACAAAGCUAUACAGCCUGCAGAUGGAUAUCUUCUGUAGGGGGCAAAAUCAAAGCAUCCUCCUGCAUGGCAAUCACUGUGUUUCCACUAGGGGAACCUCAUUAACACCUGAUCUUGUGGACACAGUCUUUACCACAUUGAACACAUGGUUUCAUAGUACCUGCCUUCUCACCACCACCUUCCCACUGCCUAAAUCACAGAUCCUCUGCCAUCUAAACCUCUUGAGGCUUUGCCAAGGCUAAGUAUGUCACACAUUCUGGAGGUGCUCUGUCAUUUCCUUCAGGAUGGCUGUGAGUUCUCCGCUCCAUGCUGCUCCUCUUCCUGGGUCAGGCUGGAGGCUUCUGUGUUGCUCCUCAAAACACCUCCUCUGGUGAUAGGCCAGUCCCAGGCAGACAGCACAGAACCCUAUGCCCACAGUGCCUCCACCUGCUAGGAGAGGUCACAACUGGGUGCAUCACAAGUUUCCUACAACUUCAGGCUCCUGAGUCACUCUCAGCUUGAGGAAUUUUGAUCAGGAACAGCAAUGAGAGUUCUUUGCAAAGCAUUAAUUUGCAAGCAUGGUGUUGUAUAUUUGUUUGACAUAGUGGAUAUUAUUUAUAUAAAUAAAAGCCUUACAAAUGA